UGCAACCCAGGAUUUGACACCAUUGACAGCCAACAUGGCGCUCGCAAUGUCGAUCCAACCAGUCAACAUUUAACCGCUUUGCUGUCGCUGCUUUAUUGUCAGCUGUCAGGAAAGAACCGAGCUUGGGAAAGAUUAAUAGGAAGGUGACUGUGAAGAGCUGUCGGCCUUUUUCACCUUACUUAGCCUUUUCUCUGGCUGCUGUGGCUAGGCGAGAGAGUGGCCAAUUGUUCAAAAACAAGUGACUGCGUUGGAGCGCGCAUGGACGCAGUUUGGACUCCCAUACCUCAAGCGAUAUGGUAAAGUAAAAUCCUCUGUGAAGCACCCUCUCACUGGUCCAAUCCUCAUUUGGUGCUGAUGUCAUCAACACCAGCCAAGCCCUGCGGCACCCUGCUCUGUCCUGAGUCUGGACUUUCAGCCGCAAUGGACUCUCUGUCCAUGUCUUCCCUUUUAUCUGGGGAGUUGGACAAGGACGGGGUCCAAGGAAGUGAAGGAGGGGAAGACGAGGACGAUCUGGGAGACCUAGAAGUGAACCCUUAUGAUGGCCUGCCUUUUUCUUCACGCUACAACGUCCUUCUACAGGAGAGGCAAAGGCUUCCUAUAUGGACACUCAGGCAAAAUCUGCUGGAGCACCUGGAGAACCACAACAUGGUGUUGGUCAGCACACGUAGUGGAGAUGGAAAAAGCACCCAGGUGCCACAAUGGUGUGUGGAGUAUGCUUUGUCCUAUGACUUUUCUCACGGCAAGGUGUGCUGUUCUCAGCCUCAUUCAGUGGCAGCAGUAAGUUUGGCUCUUCGUGUGGCGGAUGAGAUGGACCUCAGCCUGGGUCUGGAGGUGGGCUACAGGGUGGCUCAUGAUGACAGUUGUAUACCCGACACCUUGCUCAGGUUUGUCAGUGACACGCUGCUGCUGGAGGAGAUGAUGUCAGACCCCUUGCUGCAUCAAUAUGGUGUUGUCGUCUUGGAUGAGCUCCAGGAGCGCACGGUGGCAACAGAUGUGCUUCUUGGCCUUCUGUGCGACGUCUGCCGCCAGAGGCCAGAUAAUUUCCGUGUAGUUCUCCUUGCUCACUUAAGUCUUGCUCCUCGGCUCGCUUCCUUCUUGGGCCCCUCCGUCCCACUCCUCUCCAUGGACAACCUCCUCUCUGAGCCCCUGACAAAUAGGCAGGAAAAAGAAUGUGAGACUAAAGAGGAGAGGGACGUUGUGACCCUAAACAGCGUGGAGAUAAUGUACAGAGAACUUUCUCCUGGGAAGGAACCUGUGGCCGCUGCCUGUCACAUGGUUCUAGAUCUGCAUCGAAGAGGAGAGGAAGGCGAUAUGAUGGUGUUUCUUGCCAGUGCACAGGAAAUAGAGGAGUGUGCUGCCCAGCUGGAGGCAGAGGCCGUAGGUCUGAGUCCUCAUCUGGGUUCUGUCAAAAUCAUCCCCCUCCACACUGGACUCGGUGUGUUGACCCAAAGAGUGUACGAGUCCAGCACCGAAACAUCUAUUUACAGGCAAAGUGAUGAUUCAGAGGGAAUGGAAAGCUUGACGAUGGGAGCAGAAAGUCCGGGCAUCAAGAGGAAAGUUAUCCUCACUGAUACCCUGGCUGAAGGUUCUUUCUCACUGCCAGGCAUUCGCUAUGUCAUAGACACGGGUCUUCAGCUCAAAACUGUUUACAAUCCUCAGAUAAGGGCAAACUCACAGAUCUUGAGGACAAUCAGCAAAACACAGGCUGACAUGCGAGCUCAAAGAGUGAAUAGCCACCUUCCUGGGUUGUGUGUGUACCUAUACCCGCAAUCUCUGUAUGAUGGUGGAUUGGAGGAAGCUUAUUGUCCGCGGGUAAUGGAGGAAAAUCUAAGCCACUUAGUCCUGUUGCUCAAAAGGCUGGAUAUUGCUGACAUGGGACAAUGCAAGUUCUUGGACAGACCAGCUCCUGAGGCUUUAAUGCAGGCUCUGGAGGACCUUGACUACUUGGCAGCACUAGAUGAUGAUGGUAAUCUAUCAGAAGUGGGAAUCAUCAUGUCAGAACUGCCGUUGGAGCCACAUUUAGCUAAAGCCCUGAUUGCUGCGUGCGAGUACGACUGUGUUAACGAGCUGCUCACAAUAGCUGCUAUGUUGACAGCUCCUUCCUGCUAUUUGACACCAGAAGCCAACAGAGAGGAGGCUGCCAUUGCACACUGGCGACCUCUAAUGCACACAGACGGCGACCACAUGUCUCUCAUCAACAUCUACAAUGCUUACAUGGAGCAUAAUCAGGAUGAGGCAUGGUGCACAACACAUUUCCUGAGCCAUGCGGCCUUGCAUCUAGCGGUGGUUAUCAGGGCCGAGUUGCUGGAGGUCAUGCAGCGAAUAGAACUUCCUGUGUCGCCUCCUGCUUUUGGAUGCCAAGACAACUGCACAAAUAUUAAGAGGGCCCUCAUCUCCGGCCUUUUUCUCAAAGUGGCUCAUGACGUAGAUGGUUCCGGUAACUACCUCCUGCUGACACAUCGCCAUGUGGCUCACCUGCACCCCCUCUCUUUCUACCUUUGUCAUCAGCCGUGUCCCACCCAUCCAUCCUGGGUCCUCUACCACGAAUUCACCAUCUCCUGUGACAACUGCAUCCGCAUUGUUUCUGAGGUCCACCCCCAAAUGUUGGUGGAGCUCGUGCCUCAGUACUUCCUGGGAAACCUCCCCUCAAGUGAUGGCAAGGAGCUGCUGAUCAAGCUGAGGCAGAGCGUCGAGCCUUCCUCUGGAGACGGCACACCUCUUUGGUUGGGAGAGACGCACAAUCAGUCCAGCACUGAGCUUUGUGUUGUCCAAUGAACAUCAGUAACUAUGUGACAUGCUUUUAUCAUUUGCUCGUACUGGAAAACACUAAUCGUUUUUAGUUAGGUUUUUACAUUCAAGCUCGUUCUGCACAUUCUGGCGUACUGUUAACUUAUUUCUAACUUUCUAAUAUUUAAUUAUUUUUAUGUUUACAGUGGAUACUUUUUCCUUGAAUUCAUUCUUCAGAAAAAUAGCGACUUGCACAAAAAUGCAAGGUAAAGGGAAGCUCGAUAUUUAAAUUAACCUGAAGUGUCAUUUUACAUAUAGGAUGAUACAGUACACUACAACAGGGGUGUCCAGAGUGCGGCUCGCAGCUCCCUUUUUAUUGGGCCAUAGCACAUUCUUAAAAGAGAGUCAAACCAAAGAAAAGGAUAAAAAUAAAAGUAGGGAGAACAAAAAACAACAAUAUGGCGUCUUGUAAUGAUAAAAUGUUUAAAAUGUUCUACUAAUGAUAUGCUAUAACAGACAAAGAUUGUUAGCUCUUAUACAUAUCUUUCUUAAUAUAUGGUGGUUGGCUUUUAACUGUUUACAAAACGUCCUGUGAUUUUUCAGUACACUGGUACCUCGGUUUUCAAUACUAUUUAUUUAUAAAUAUAUAUUAAAUAAAAACUUUUUUUUUACUAUAGUGGUAUGCCAGUUUUAGUUUAGUUUAUCAAACAUGUAUUAAAUAAAUAAAAUUCGCCACACAUUGUGUAAACAUACACACAAAUUGGGGCCUUGAGCAGAAUUUUAUUUGCAAAAAAUCUUAAAAUUUUUAUUUACGCGAAACAGUUUUUAUACUUGUACUUUUAUACUACGGGAGGAGCGGGGCGGGGGGCCCUACGCACAGCGUAUAAUUUGCGUAUAAGCCCUGUCCUUACAUACCACGGAUGAAGUGUGGGCAGUGGCAACAAAAGCAUUGGCAGGAUCUGAACAACUGGCACAAAGUAAAUAGGUUAUACUUGUAUAGCGCUUUUCUACCUUCAAGGUUUUCAAAGCGCUUUGACACUAUUUCCACAUUCACCCAUUCACACACACAUUCACACACUGAUGGCGGGAGAUGUCAUGCAAGGCCCUAAGCACAACCCAUCAGGAGCAAGGGGGAAGUGUCUUGCCCAAGGACACAACGGACGUGACUAGGUUGGCAGAAGGUGGGAAUUGAACGGCCACUCUACCAACUGCGCCACGCUGUUCCAAAGCAAACGAGCACAACCACAACUUGUGAGGUUAAAAGUCUGCCUUUUUUCAGUAUGGCGUCAUACCACGGCCGCAUUGACACUUCCUACUGAUGACUUUCCCAUGUCCAAAGGGCAUGGUAUAGUAUGGAAUAAAGCGAUGGAAAGCAAGUUGCUUCCGCACAAUCAACCUGUACAGCAACACCACCAAGCCUCCUUUGCCAGUCUAAGGCAGUUGGUACGCUCCUUGUGAAACACGCAGGCAAGGCCAUCAAGCGGCAAAAGGUGGAAGCCUUAUCAAGUUGAAAUAGAAAGCAGAAUCCUCCGGAAACACCAGGAAAUCGUGGGCGUGAUAUGCCAGGGACGUCUGGCCCUUGCACACUCGACCAAGAAGAGGCCUCUUGCUACAGAGAAUCCAUGAGGCCGCAGAGGACGACCGCCAGGUGAAUGCGAUUGGACUUGCCUCCAAGGGUUGAUGCGACCAGGAUGGAACUGUGGCAAACUGACCAUGGGAAGUUGAGCUUUCUCCUGCGCUCUGACUGACCUGCCAACCCAAAGCAACCUGAAGAUCUGGGACUGAGCGAAAGACUUGUAAGAAAUGUGAAGAAGCCUCUUGUACACUAAACCACAUCCCGACCGGCUGUCCAAGGGCCCCACAGAUGGAGGCACGACAAGGUCCUUACAGAAAUUGUCAAAUUUGUGGAACAAUAGCAAGUCAAAACCAACAACAAGCAGGCCUAAGACAUUGCCUUUUUGAGAGAAGGGGACAAGGCUCGUAAGAUCUCCACAGUGGCCAAUAACCCGUUUUAUAACUUAAUGUGCCUCCAACUGGGAGAUGUGUGGAUCUGAAGAGGGAGCUUGUCUUCCCACAAGACAUUGGGCUGUGUCCCAGCUUUGAUCAGACGUGGUCCUGCUUUCCAGGAGCACAAAAGACGUCAUAAUUUUUUAGCUCACGGGCCCCUGAGAAAUGAGGCUACUUACUUCCCAACAACUAAAAAAGCCAAAUACCAAUGUCUGUGGCCUUCUUCAAGUCGGCUGCCGAGUGUUCCCAGCAAAAUCACUGCGCUACUUCUUCCAAGUGGUAGGGCUAGAGCCCGAACAGCAGAAGAAAGCCAGGAGGGACACAGCGCCGCAUCAGUCGAGUCAGUUCACAAUGGCUGUAGUUGACGACAGAGCAGUUGGAAAAACCUUCUGCCGAUGAAGCCUAGUCAGUCUUCUCUGCCCCAUUCUGGUGAGGUGUACAGAGUGAAACACCUGUGAACCUGAGAUUUUUUCUAAAGAUGCGUUCCAACAAUGUGAAGGCUCCAAGGAAUACCCUCAGAGAAAGACCUGCAUCUCCUUAGUUAGUGGAGUUCCUACAUUUGCAGCUUGGCAAAGCAUCUCUGACAUUGACUUAAUCUCAUUGGCCUAGUUUUGCUUAGGUGGUUUGCAGCAUAACUCAAAAAGGCUUUGGGCGGAGUUGCAUGAAUCUUUCAGGAAUUGUCCGAAAUGGGAUGAAAAAACAAACAAACAAGGGAUUCGAUUUAGAGGCUGAACUGCAUCAUUUCUACUAUUUUACCUCUCGUUUACGUUACAAGGCCCAACUUCUCUGUGUGUUUGGUUGAGAAAAAGAUAGUAGAUGACUGCAAAGAGGAUUCACUACAUUUAUUUAAUCGAGCGCAGAUGGGACCUGCCUGAGGUCUAUGCUCUCGGUGCUUUCUAGUUAGAAUUUUUUGUUUACUAUCCUGGACUACAGCUUGGUUUUUAGCCAGACAAAAACUAAAUCGUAUGAGAACCGAAGCAUAUUUUCCGAUAAGAAUUAAUCAUGUAAAUCCAAUUACGAUAAUCUGUUCCAGACACCCAGGAUUUUUAGAGAAUAAAAAAUGCAGAAUUAAAUGUGAAGUACAUACCAUAUAUUACAUUUAACGUCAGUUUUACCUUUUUUGAAGACACUUGUGGGUAAAGACUUUUGCAGUCGUACUCCAUUUAAAAAAAAAAGUACAGAGCUGAUUCUUUGUUUGGACACUCGAUUCCAUGAAUGAUAGACGCGGCAAAACUUUGAUGAAAUAUUUCACAGUCAUACAAGACUGGGGCGUACAAAAACCGAAGUACCACUGUAAACGGCCCUCGGUGGACACCCCUGCACUACGUUUAGCACACGCGUGCUGUCACUGCUGGACCUUCCACAUCUAUGCAGAUCUUGCCUCUGGAGAAUCAUUGCGGUGUGUGAUGAUCUCCAGAUUAUGGCAGAACAUAUUUUUGAUACUAGAAUUCUGUUUGUACAUUUUUUUUGUGGAUCCUGCCUUCCUUUUUAUGUUUGGCUUUGUGGCAAUAAUAAAUGUGUAAUGUUAUUCAACUGAAUGCAUGUAAAAUACUGUUAUUCUUUUAACAGAAUUUUUGUUUGAAA